GUUUAUUUUGUUUUAUUCUUAUAAUUCAGUGUAUGCGUGUGUUUUUUGUUUUCUUUUUGCUCAUUCACAAAAAACGCAAGCAAAUUAAAACAUUACCAUUUCGGAACAAAAAUUUAUUGUUUUAUUUUGAAUUUAAUUUAUAAUUAAAAAACAUGACAAUCGAUCCAAAUAUGAUAGAAGUUAAUGAAAUCACAGAUUAUUGGUCAUUUUUAAUGAGUAUUGAUUGGCGAGAUCCUUGGUUAAUCGGUUUGAUUAUAUUACACAUUUUGACAACAACCACAACCUUGAUGACACGAAAUAAUACCAACUUUCAAAUAUUUUUAUUCCUUAUAUUGCUAUCUGCAGUUUACUUUUCGGAGUCGAUAAAUGAAUAUGCAGCCUUAAAUUGGCGUUCCUUUUCAAAACAACAAUACUUCGAUAGUAAUGGACUGUUUAUAUCUACAGUUUUCUCUAUACCCAUCUUGCUCAAUUGUAUGCUAUUGAUUGGUGCCUGGUUGUAUAAUUCCACAAAAAUGAUGGCUACACUAAAGACUGCACAAUUAAAAGAUAAAGUUAGAAGGGAACGUUUAAAGCAAAAGGCCGAGGCGCAUCUUAAAGAACAAUAAGAAAAAUAUAUCAAAUAUAAUUACAAUUCCUAUUAUAUGUACUUUCCUUUUAAAUUGUUCUCUAUAAAUGUACACAUUUUUUGCAGUGUAUACUUAAUUUGUAAUUUAAUGUUUAUAAAUAAUCCAAGAUUUUUUCUUGUUUAUUAAAGUUAUAAAAAUAUGCCUUUUUAUAUAUGUAUAUAGUAUACCCUCAUACAUUGUUUAUGUGAAAGAUUUUCAUAGCAUUAACAUUUUCUUAAAUAUAUAUAUUUUCUCUGUUUCUAUACAGGAAACAAAUUCGCUUUAAAAUUAAUAAUAUUAUACAUCACUAAUUUUAAAUAUUUUCAUUUUUUACGGGGUUAAAAAUGUGAUUUAUAAAGACAAUUUUUUGUUUUUUAAUGAGCGCCGAAUUUACUUUAAAAUUAUUUUUUAUAAAAUGCCAUACAAAAUCAUUUGUUUAUUAUAUACUUGUUUAAAUAAUUAAAAAAAUAAAUACAAUAUAAGUAUAUAUCAAAAGAAAAGAAAUAUAGAUAAAUAUA